UACUCUGUGUGUGUUAAAGAGCGAGAAGUCGGUCGUUAGUGUGAAUGCGGAUGUGUGUGUGUGUGUGUGUGUGUGUGUGUGUGUGUAUCUGUAUCUGCUCUGGUAGUGAUUAGUGAGCAGGGAGAAAGCAGCGGGAGCGCGCGCACGGCGGAGAAUAAACAGGAGGACUGUGCAACGUGAGAAACGUGUAACAGGAGAAGCGUGUAACAGAAGAACCAUGUAACAGCAGGACGGUAUAAGAGGAAGAAGGUGUAACAUUAGGAUGGUGUAACAGUAGGACGCAUAACAGGUCGACGGCGUUAUUGGAGGACGGCAUAACUGGAGAACAGCAAAACAGGAGGACAGAGGAAAAGGAGGACAGCGGAACAAGAGGACAGCGGAACAAGAGGACAGAGGAACAGGAGGAGAGAGGAACAGGAGGACAGAGGAAAAGGAGGACAGUGGAACAAGAGGACAGAGGAACAGGAGGACAGAGGAACAUGUCUAUGCCGAUAAGUGAAGUGGAGGUAAAGGUUGCUGAAUGGCAGAAGACAUAUUAUGCAGCUGACUCUGGCAUCCAAUCAGGAGCCACAACCGUAAAUGAUGAGGACCAAUCAGAGCUCAGCUCCAAAACCUUUACUGUGGAGGACUGUAGUGCAGACUUUGAUACGCAGCUGGUUCUGACCCGAACUCAGCGUGUCCGAGCGGCCAUGUUUCCGGAGACAUCAGCAGAGCGUGAGACAUUAGCAAGGAGUGACUCGCAGUCUAAUGUUCAGCGUCUGACUGAACCCUCUCACCUCUUGAACAAUGCCAUUGUUCACCUGAUCAACUACCAGGAUGAUGCUGAGCUCGCCAAACGAGCCGUGCCCGAGCUCAUCAAACUGCUGACGGACGAUGACCAGGUGGUGGUGAGGAAGGCGGCUCUGAUCGUGAGCCGCCUGGUCCGUAAUGAUGCGUCUCGCCAUGUGAUGAUGCAGUCAGCGGUGAUGAUGUCAGCAGUGCUGCAGGCGAUGCAGAGCUCGAGUGACAUGGAAACGAUUCGCUGCAUGGCAAGCAUCCUGCACUGCCUAUCACACCACCACCAGGGCCUGGACGCCAUCUUCACAGCUGGAGGAAUUCCCGCUCUCAUCCACAUGCUCAGUUCUCCAGUGGAAGCAGUGUUAUUUUACUCCAUCACUACACUCCAUAACCUCCUGCUCCACCAAGAUGGCUCCAAAAUGGCAGUGCGAAUGUGUGAAGGUCUGCAGAAGAUUGUUCCUCUGCUUAAACACACAAACCCAAAGUUCCUCGCCAUCACCACCGACUGCCUGCAGAUCCUCUCCUAUGCCAACCAGGAGAGUAAGCUUAUAAUUUUGGCGAGUGGAGGUCCUGAGAGUUUAGUGUCCAUCAUGAGGAACUAUAACUAUGAGAAGUUGUUGUGGACAACCAGCAGAGUGCUGAAGGUGCUGUCAGUGUGUCCCAGCAACAAACCUGCCAUUGUCAAUGCAGGAGGCAUGCAGGCUCUUUCUCUGCACCUGACUGGUUUCAGUGCUCGUCUCAUUCAGAACUGUCUCUGGACUCUGAGGAACCUGAGUGAUGCUGCCACCAAACAGGAAAAUCUGGAUUCUCUUCUCCACGUCCUGGUGACUCAGCUUGGUUCGGAUGACGUUAACAUCCUGACGUGUGCUACAGGAAUCCUUUCAAAUUUGACGUGUAAUAAUGCACGGAAUAAGUCGUUGGUGGUGCAGCGUGGUGGUGUGGAGGCACUUAUUAAUGCUCUUCUGCGAACCACGGUGAAUCAGGACGAGGCAGAGCUGGCUGUAUGUGCUGCGGUGAAUCAGGAUGUGGCUGAGCCGGCCGUAUGCGCCCUACGCCACCUCACCAGCCGCCAGCCGCUCGCCCAGACCGCGCAGAACGAAGUGCGAGUCCACUACGGCAUCCCCGUCGUCGUUAAGCUCCUGGGACAGCCACAUUACUGGCCUGUCGUCAAGGCCAUCGUUGGUCUGAUCCGUAACUUGGCGCUCUGUCCAGCUAAUCAGGCACCACUAAGGGAGGCAGGCGCAAUACCACGGUUGGUUAACCUUUUGCUGAAGGCUCAUCAGGACCUACAGCGACUCAGCACAAAAAACACCUACCAGGAUGGAGUUAGUAUGGAGGAAAUAGUUGAAGGCUGCACAGGAGCUUUACACAUUUUGGCGAGGGAUCCGAUUAACCGGAGUGAAAUCUCCAGCAUGCAGACCAUCCCUCUGUUUGUACAGUUGUUAUACUCGUGUGUUGAGAGCGUGCGGCGCGUCUCAGCAGGAGUUUUAUGUGAACUUGCUCUGGAUAAGAACUCGGCUGAACUCAUUGAUGCUGAAGGAGCUUCUGCCCCAUUAAUGGAGCUUCUGCACUCUUCUAACGAAGGCAUAGCCACCUAUGCUGCAGCAGUGCUCUUCAGAAUCUCAGAGGACAAAAACUCUGACUACAGGAAGAGAGUAUCAGUGGAGCUCACACACUCACUGUUUAAGCACGACACACACGCCUGGGACAUGGCACACAGCGCAUUGACCCUCGAUCAUGGAUACAUGCAGGAUGAGGGCGUGUCCUCACUGUAUGUUUACUCGGACCUUUCUGUCAAUGCGCUCCCUCUGGACCCUGAUGUCCAUGAGCCAUAUGUGUCAGAGAUGACCUUUGACCCUUGACAUGCUUACCCGGAACCACUUUAAAAGCACGAUGAGACAGGUCGGAUCAAUAAGCUGGAGGAUGAGGAACAUGUAGACAUGGAGCUUGAGGGCCUUGAGGGUGAAUGUUUAAUGAGACAUGGGGGGAUUAGGACCACGUGGAACACUUCAGUUAAAAACUUUACAAAUAUAUUACUAAAAAUAUUGACCAGUUGAUAAGCAAAGGUGGAGCCAAAGGGCAUGUGGAGGUGGGGCUUAAGGGCAUGUGGAGGCAUGACUUACUGACUUGUGAAGGUGGGGUUUAAGUACAUGUGGGGGCAUGGCUUAAGGGCAUAUAGAGGUGGAGCUUAAGGACAUGUAGAGGUGGGCCUUAAGAACAUGUGGAGGUGGGGCUUAAGUACACAUAGAGGUGGGGUUUAAGUCCAUGUGGAGUGGGGUUUGAGGACAUGUGAAGGUGAGGCUUUGGGACUUAAGGUGGGGCUUGAGUUGGAGACUUGGCUUAAGGGCAUGUGGAGGUGGGGCUUAACUACUAGUGGAGGUGGGGCUUCAGAACACAUGUGGGUGGGGCUUAAGGACACAUGGAGGGGGACAUAAUUACAUAUGGGGUAGCACUUGAGGACAUGUGGAGACAGAGCUUCUGAACAUUGUAAAAGCAGGAGUUGAGAAAAUUUGAAUAUGAUUUCUGCUGAAACCUGCAUGUAUUUAUUUCAAACAUCUAAAUUGAUGGUGCUGUGAUUUACGACAGAUGGAAUCUGUAGUGUGUCUCCUAUCUCUGAUUAUAUUAGUGUGUGUGUGUGUGUGUGUGUGUGUGUGUGUGUGUGUGUGUGUGUGAUUUUUUUUUCUAUUCUCAUGUUAUUUUACUGUGAUCUCCAUGCAGGAAUAAAUGUAGCAUCAUCACUCCUGAGGUUUUUCUUUUCAUAAUGAGAAUCAGCUUCAUGAGUUUAAUCCCAAAAUGGGUGUCAGAUUAUUGAUUUCCAUUCUGUAACAGGAACAGAUUCCAUGAGCAAUUUUAUGAUUACUUUUAAACACCACCAGAACACAGAGCCUUCACUGUUCAGUGAUUAGCGUUAGAAUAGAAUUUAAUCUUUCAUUAGAAAUGAUAGUCAUUCUAAUAAUUUACCAUUACAGACCACCAGAAAGCAUUUAACCCAUUUUACACCAGUAAAGAUUUCAGCAGGGAUCCUGGUGUACAGAGUGCCAUAUAAAAACACUGUCUGCUAAAGCUAACUAGACUCAAUUAGUUGUAUUAGAAAAGCUUGAAAAGCCAAUUAGCAGCUAAAAAUAUCAAUUAUGCUAGUUGGCUAGCAAGGUUUAAAACAGCUCAUAUCGUUUAUGAAGUGAACAAAACUUGUGGUAUUGUAGAUUGGAUGAUGUCGGUGUCUUGUUAAAAUCCAACGCCGCUACACUGUUGUUUGGUGUUAAAUGUGGUCCUGUUUGUAACCAGGAAGCGAUUAACCUGCAACAUUCUGUACUGAGAAAAAUCCCAGAUAUUUUCUAUACAUGGUUAACAUUUUAUAAUAAAUUGUGAAUAAAGAGUCAUGAUCACAUUUUA